GUGCUCACCGAAGCAGUCCCCCGGCGGGGGGAGAUGGUGGCUGCGGACACGGCUUGGUGGGAAUUGCAAGACAUGCUGCCCGAGCACGCCCUGGCAGUGCGGUUUUGGGGCGAAACCACAUCUUUGUGGUGGCGCUGGGCCAGAGACGCAGUCGGCGAGACGGAAGUGCUGGCCAGACUCCACGUCCCAGGCGGGCACACAAUUAUACCUUCCUGGUCCACCUCGCGUGGAUGGGGCUGCCCGACGGCAGCGAGGGCGAGGACGAGGACGGAGAAGAGCCGGACGUGCCUGAUGACGACCCAGAUAUCCCAGAUGAAGACAUCCCUGGGAUUCUGGCUGGCCUCGACGAGCUCCUAGCCGUCUUGGCGAACAUCCAUGCCGAGUGA